GAGAAAUUAAAUAUAUGGAUUUUAAAACGCAUUUAUUAUAAGAGCCGCAGUGUACGAUUACUAACCUGCAACAAACCUUCGCCAUGCCGCGCAUGUGCGAAAUAGCGCUACCGGAAGUGUUAGUCGAGCGUCUGGAGGAACUUCCGGGUGGGAUGCGCUCCGUGUUAACGAAGAUAGAGCGGGAGUUUGGGCUCCACACGGCCGUGUCGCACGUGGGAGGCCGGAAGUACACCAUUGUGGGCCCAAACCCGGAUAUUUUGGAGUUGGCGGUGGAGACUCUGCAGCGCAGGUAUUUUGCCCAGGAGGAGAGGGAGUCAGUAGUUUCCGGUGAGAUAGAGGGGAAGCGCGCGGUGUGGCGGCUCCAAGGGGAUUAUGCAUCCAAGGCUGCUCACCUCUUCAAACCGGAACUGGAGGCUAUAAAUAAACUACCAGGCGUCCAUUUAAAUGUAUCGCCACUGAAGCUCGAAAUUUCUGCAGGGUACGAACAGACGGAGAAAGUCAGAGGGGAAGUGGAGUCGCUUGAGCUGCAGAUAGACGCCUUGCACGAGCACCGGAUGUCUAUCAAGGGAUCGCAUGCCGAGAUCGUUCGUCUUCGACAAUUUAUACAGAGGAAGAACAAAUACGACUACACCGUGAUCUUCGUGCCGGACGAACGCCACCAGUCAGUGACUGUGUACGGACGGACGGAAGAGACGGUCAAACGCAUUGUAGACGAGUGGGCGAUCGCUAGCCGCUCCCACGGCGCCUCGCCGAACAGGAUGUUAUCCGUGUCGCCUAGUUUCUCAUACAGCACCGUCGGAAGUUACCCGCAGUGGCGAGCAGAAAUGAAAAUUCCAGCAGGCAUUGUUAGCAAAUUGGAGCGCCAACGGUGCGGGGUCGCAUCCAUUUCCGCCGACAUUGAGAGGGAAUUCGGACUAAAGGUGGCGUACGUACGUCGGAAGCACAUGAUCAUAUUCGGCCCUCAUCUGGACAUCCUGGAGCUCGCUGUACAAACACUUAUUCAUCGCUACGUGCUCCGGACGCCGCCAAAACACGGUGUCCUUGGGCAGCUUCAGGGCAAAAACGCCGUCUGGAAAUUCAACGGCAACUAUGCUAAGAAGGUUGCGCAUCUGUUUGCGAAGGAGCUGAAGCGUAUUAGUCGAAUACAGACCGUCAACAUCAAAGCGACGCCCUCGCGUUUGGCGCCGGUGUGUCUUAGCGUUCUUUGCAGUGUACGUGUAAUUGAAAUUGUUAAAGCGGAAAUAGAAAAAGUGGUCGGACAACUGCAUAAUCUCUUUGAGAUGCACCUGGACGUGCCAGAUGACGCGGAGCAAGUCUCACGAGUGAAGACGACGGUUCUGUGGUACGCCGAUUCCGCUGACGUUUUAAUCGUUUACGACGAGCGGUCACGACGGGUGACCGCAUGGGGGCGGAACGAGCUUCCUGUCCGCCAUGCGAUAGGGGACCUACAGCAUGAACGGAAACUGGCGGUCAGGGAGGAGCCGUCUACUGCUGAAUUUUGGAACAUGUACCGUGAGCUAUUCCAGACAAAGAUCCCGGAAGAGAUCGUUGAGAAGCUGGAAGAACUUCCGGAUGGCAUCAUGUCUCUGAUCACCAAGAUGCAACAAGAAUAUGUGGUCCGGCCUCUCUACCAUCGCGAACACCACCAUCUUGUUUUAGUCAGUCCGUCAGUUGAAGUUCUUGAACUAGCUCAAGAAACUCUUGGAGAACGAUACGCAGCUCUUUAUGACGAAGAAAAUAAGGUUGAUAAUCACCAUCAUUCUAUUCAUAAACGGAGCGAUUUUGGCCACGGCCAUUCAAUUAUAGGCCAUACUUCUGGAGGUCAACGCUUCGCUAUGUUAAAUACUCAUAAUGCAAAUGGUGAUGACACUGUUGAAGACGUUGAUAACAAAGGUGAUGUAAAUGAUUUUAAACGUAGCGUAACCGAGACUAAAUUGCUAGAGACUAUUGAAGAACGCGAAAAAGAACAUGGAAGAGAGGGAUAUAAGCUACCAGAUAUCGUAGCAAAGCAAGACCGUACACAAAACGCCGUUCCUGAUCAUCAUAAUAAUAGUGUUGAUACAAUACUAAACAGACACUACUUAACAAAGCGGCUGGCAUCUAUGCGCGCGAUUUCGAAGUCACCUACUCGGAUUCUCUCGCGAUCAACGACUGGCAGUUGGUCGCGGGGUUUAAAAGGGACAAGGUCAAAGGUUGCAAUGAUAACCUCGGACCGCCCUGGUCUGCGUUCUAGUCUGAAAUCGUCAAAUUCGAACAGUACUGACAACAGUAAAUCUAAAAAGGUUUCGUUUGUAGGAUAGUGCGUAUGGGAUUGUCAUAAGGUGGAUUUAGGUUGUAUAUUAUUUAAAAUUGAGGGUAUUUUGUGCCCCUAUAUGUCCGAGCAAAACUAAGGAAUUCAGAUGCAUUAUACUAUACUAUAAUUUGAUAUUUAAUAAUUUUGAUGUUCUGCAAAAGUAGGCACGUUUCAAUAUUUGCUGUAAACACUGUAUAUAAUCAUUUAUGAUUACAAACUUAAAAGGCUUAUAUGUAUGCACAGUGAGGGUAACGUUGUGAGCUAGAUGGUAGUUGGGGAUUUGAAUAAUUAACUAACAACUACAUACUACCUCCCAACUUUACCGUCAUGUGUCCACAAGUGUUUUUACAAGGAAACAAACCUACAAAGAUAAAACUUGCCCGUUUGACGAAAGUUCUUUGCUAACAAGCUUAAACAGCUUAUUUUAUUAAGCCAAAUUUCUUACUUUAUCUUGACUUAACAGAAUAAAAAAUAGUUUCUCGUUAUAAUCAUAAAGACCCAAUACUCUUAAAGAUGUAAAUAUUAAAAAAUAUAUACCAAAACAAAAUGGUGAGCUAAGCAGAAGUUACUUGAGCAGUUUCGAAAA